AUGAAGGCGGAGCUGGCGAGCGUGCACAGCUCGGAGGAGCAGCACUUCGUGACGGCCAACAUCCGCAGCUCCACCGACUACUCCACCAGCUCGCUGUACUGGCUGGGUGGUCGCCUGCAGCGCUCCCUCCACGGCUGGCGCUGGGCCGACGGCAGCGAGAUGGCCUUCACCGCAUGGCUGGGCGAGGAGCCGCCGGGCCUAGCAGAGGAGGAUCUGUGUCUGGCCAUGCAGUGGGUGUCCACGGGGUCCGCGGCGCGCCCCAGCGGCCUGUACUGGCAGCCGCGCAGCUGCGAUGCCCUCGGGGGCUAUGUCUGCAAGAAGAGCAGCCAAGGGGUGCUUUUGGGUUUCCCGCUCCUCUUGCUCUAG